CUUAUGGCGUCGGAUACCGAGAAUGACACCUGCCACUACAGAGUAACCGUGGAGUCCGGGAGUCCGGUCAACAGCGCGCUUAUGUUCGCUGCUGGAGUGGUUGGGAACGUAGUGGCGCUGAUUCUGUUGGAGAUCCGUCGCCGAAAGGAGCGCAGUCGACAACGCCUGUCGCUGUUUCAUGUCAUGGUAACUGCCUUGGUCGUCACGGACCUCAUGGGCACAUGUCUUAUAAGCCCCCUUGUCCAGGCUUCUUACUAUUUCAACACCACUAUUAUUGGGAUGAGUGAGAGUAAAGCCUUGUGUCCGUACUUUGGGUUUUGCAUGGCAUUCUUUGGUCUGGCCACAUUGUUUUUCCUACUUGCCAUGGCCCUGGAGCGUUGCCUAGCCAUUGGCUACCCUUACCUGUACGGCAGAUUCAUUAGCAAGCGCUGCGGAUACGUUACCAUCUUUUUCAUCUAUAUAUUUUGCACUGUCUUCUGUCUAAUGCCUUUUUUAGGAUUCGGGGUUUACGUUCAGUACUGCCCCGGCACUUGGUGCUUCAUAGACAUGAAUCCUCACAGCCUCGAGGACAAAGUGUACGCCAACGUGUAUGCCACUUUCAUGCUUUUAAUAGUUAUCACGGUCGUAGCGUGCAACUUGUUUGUGGUAUAUCACCUGGUUCUCAUGUACAAAAGGCGCAAAGUAAACCGAGGAUCAGUGACUACUCGAAGCAAAAAAGAUCGGAGGUCAUUUUCCCUGACCGAAGAAGUGGAGCAUCUUAUCCUCCUUAUAGUCAUGACGGUGAUAUUCGUCAUUUGCUCUCUUCCACUGAUGGUCCGCGUCUACAUCAACUCCACUGGCCAACGCAAGGAAAGCCAUAAGACCGACCUCAUCGCCCUCCGUUUCCAAUCCGUCAACUCCAUCAUUGACCCCUGGGUCUUCAUCAUCCUGAGUCCGUCCGUGCUCCGUUUCAUGUGGGGAGCGCUUUGCAAGACCCCGGUUCUGCGUUCUAGAUCCUCGAUGUUCAAGUCUUCGCUGGGCGUGAGCCAUCAUGCCCAGCUGGAACUUUGCCCUCACAGCAGCUUCACAGACAUCACUCACGUGCCGGCGGACAGAGGGACGGUGUGA